GCGGCAGAGACGCGGCCAAGCCGCUACCGGAGUGUGGUCGCCUGUUAGCGGGCUUAGUGCCCACGCCUGUGUCCUAGCCCUCACUGCAGCCAGUUGAGCCCGCUUCGGUGUCCGCUCGAGUUAAUGAUCAACAGUGACAAGACUCCAAGGCUGGCUCUUGUCUACAGCCAGGAGCUAAUGGCAGGGGACAGAAGCAAGCAUUGUGAGCUGGAUCAAGAAAAAUAUGAUGCUCAUGACAACGUGAAGAUCAUCUGUCUGGGAGACAGCGCGGUGGGCAAGUCCAAACUCAUGGAGAGGUUUCUCAUGGAUGGAUUUCAGCCACAGCAACUGUCCACAUACGCUCUGACUCUGUAUAAACACACGGCCACAGUAGACGGCAAGACCAUCCUUGUGGACUUCUGGGAUACGGCAGGCCAGGAGCGGUUCCAGAGCAUGCAUGCCUCCUACUACCACAAGGCUCACGCCUGCAUCAUGGUAUUUGAUGUCCAGAGGAAAAUCACCUAUAAGAACCUGGGUACCUGGUAUGCAGAGCUUCGGGAGUUCAGGCCGGAGAUCCCAUGCAUCCUGGUGGCCAAUAAAAUUGAUGACAUACAGAUGACUCAAAAGAACUUCAGUUUCGCCAAGAAGUUUUCCCUGCCCCUGUACUUCGUCUCAGCUGCCGAUGGUACCAAUGUGGUGAAGCUCUUCAAUGACGCAAUUCGAUUAGCUGUGGCUUAUAAGGAAAGCUCCCAGGACUUCAUGGAUGAGGUUUUACAGGAGCUUGAGAACUUCAAGUUGGAGCAGAAAGAGGAGGAUACACCAGACCAAGAGCACAGUGGCAUGGUCAAGAGCCCGUCUUCUUAAUCAAGAGGACACCCACACGUGGCUGAGUAGGGGUAUCAGGGAGCCAUUUGGAAUGCCCAACAUCUCUCCUCAACUUCCUGCAAACCCACUGUUUUGUGGUCCAUGAUGAGGUCAACACAAACACACUAGACAGGCAUGAUAUCCCACCAACUUCCUACAGCAGGAUGAGGGAUCCAUGUCUUUCGAAUCUCCCCACCCCACCAGCAGCCUGGCAGUGUAGAAUCAGUGAACAUGCUCAUGUUUUCUUACCAGACAUGCAAUGUUUGUUGUCUUUCAUCCCAAACUGACCUCAGGGAUUCUCCUUGCUGCUGACAGGACUGCUGGCCCCUAACUACGCUGUGUCCUGCAGAAUCUGUGACCUCUGUCCCUUUGCCCUCUGAGUCUCCCAGCCAACUUUUUCAACAAUAUUUUGGACAGACGACUGUUGAUUCCAGAUUUUUUUAGUGCUGUUUCAGGAGCUGUUCUAGGUCGGGUUGAGAGCACAGGAACAGGACUCUGUUGCAGUCACGUGAAAACACGCCAAGUCUAGCCAUAUCUGGUCAUAUCCGCACAUUACUGUUGCCCACCACGUGAACAACAGCUUCUUUUGAAGCCUCCAUCUCAGGGUAGAAAGUGUUCCUCCACCUGUCUAGCAUCUUCUGUGGGUGGCAGGAAAUGGCCUGGGAAGAGCUGCCCUGCCUCCUGCAGCUUGCUGGCCUGCACUUAGGAUUGUCUUCAGCAUCAUUUCCAUUGUCUUUAUUAUUUUGUUUGUAUUGUUUCCUUUUGUACAAUAAAGAUUAAAUUUCAUAAACA